AUGGAAUCGCAAGAGAUGCCACUCCUGCUGCCCGACAACAUAAAGGAAGAAGCCCCCGACGAGGCGGUCAUCGAGGGAUUCUGUGACGAGGAAGACCCGCCGGAAAUCGAUCCAUACGGUGACGACUAUCUUGACGGCGAUGUUGAAAGCGAGGAGGAUAUCAAGUGCAACACGGACUUUGACGAGCCCGUAUCGGGACGCGAGGCGGUGAGCCAAGAGAUUGAUGUGGAGAGCGGCUCCUCCGUCGAUCCGCUAGAUCCCGACUAUUAUGCAACAAAGAAAAAGCGUGUUUCGCCCCGUGCGCUGCUCGGCGAUCAAAAGGGCCGCUAUCCCUGCUACAUCGAGGCGUGCAAAUGGCGCGGCAAUUUCCGGUCCGUUCGUUGUACCCACAUGCGCACCAUGCACCCGACCUGGCAACGACCACCGCGUUAUUUGUUGAAUCGCAUCGCUCGGGAUGGCAGGGUGCUGAAGCCGAACGACGAGAACGCCCGAUACGGCUGUUUCGUUGAGGGAUGCCCUUGGCGCGGUCAAUAUAGAGCCAGCCGUUCGAACCACAUAAAGUCUCAGCACAAGGAUUUCAUCCCGACUCGCCACCGCGCUCCAAAUUUCAACUGCAACGAAUGCGCGGAGACGGUCAGCUCGCACAAGGCCUUCGUCGACCACAUGGCGGGCGCGCACAAUUUGGGCAACCUCAUCGAGGAGCACUUCAACAGCAUGAUUUGGUACCAAAACAUCCAGCGCGAGCACUCGAUCACGUUCGUGAAGCGCCAGGGACUCAAGGUCGGCCAGCAACAUCAGAUCCUCUACGUCUACUGCUCCCACUCGGAGGUGUGUACCCCGGAGGGGCCAUACAUGCGCGCCAAGCCCACCGCCUACAGGCCGAAGAACUUCCGCGUCGAUCUCGCGGAGAGGCCGACCCUGUGCUGCGUCUUCCUGCGGGUAGUGCAUUUUGAUGACGGCCAUCUGACUGCUCACGGCUGCUUGGAGCACACGGGCCAUCGCCUCGGCACCAGUCUACUUCGAUUGUCCUCACUGGAGCGCCUAUGCGUGGAGGAAAACACCUAUCUACGAGACUUGGAUGACGUGAACGCGCUGAAGCGUAUACUGGCUCGCCUACAAGUGCUCGAAGGCCCGUCGCCCGAGGAAUAUCAGCCGGUGAGGCGCCUGAACCCGGAAGAACCCUUCAAGCACAUCUUGGCCACCGAUGAACUCCAAUCGCUGUCGCGCCGCUUCUCAGACCCUACGCUAUACCCGCCGGGUUCCGUGUUCGGCUACGUCUCGCCGAACGAGGGCUACUUUGGAUUUGGCUUCUCGGACACGAGAAUGGCCAGGUGGUGGCGAAAAUACUCGUCGAAAGGCGUCUGCUUUGAUGAGAUGCCAAUUUGCAUCGACGGUCGCCCGUACGUCGUCACGCUGGCCCUCGUGUUCGCCACGGGCGACCGCGUCCGCGUCGCCGCUUUUUACGUCAGCAACUCGCCGGACAAGACGCCGCUCUUCGAGAAGUUGAGCUCAAUUACCGUCGGCCAUCUCCAGACGUUCGUCACGCCGCUCUCCAACGAUUACCCGGCACUGAUCACGCAACACUUUGCCCGCUUCCAACGGGAAAACGGCACCUUUGAUCUGCAGCUCUCCGAGUGGUCCCUGCUGCUCGACUGGGCCAAUGAUCUACAAGCGCUCGUCGACAACAGCCUCGACCGGCUGACCGUGCUGCUGACGCUGCGCCGCCUGCUACGCCUCCAGGACCAACGUGUCUUUCAGCAAACGCUAAACGAGCUGUUUGUCGGGAUCAACGAGAUGCAGCACUGGGCGCUUGCCGUCCACCUGGACAAGCUGCUCGAGCCGAGCUUCUUGGCGCGCUGGUCGCCGCUCAGCCGAAACCCGCUCACCGCCCACAGCAACCCGACACUGGACUUUGCCGUGAGGGUCCUACGCGAGCGCUACCUCUCCACUGACGGCUACCUGCGCAUCGACCAGUACGUCGGCGAUUUGAUGGAACGUGUCCGCGACUACAAUAAUAUCAAGUGCAAAGUUCCGAUGGCCCGCUCGACCCCUGACAUGCCGCGCCAACUCCCGCUAGAUGAUGCCAUGAAUCUGAUCAUUGAGGAGCAGCGCUCGCUGGCCUCGAUGCCAAGCACUUCCGGGUCGUCCCUCUCCAGCCUGCCCAACACCUCGAAGACGGACAGCCAGAACAACUACCAGCCGUGCUCCAGUCGACGCGCCAUAUACGUGCCGGCACCGGAUCCCGGAUUCUGCAAGGUCACGCAGUUCCUCAACUUCCCGACGCCCUCGCCGUCGUCCGAGUCGCUGAGCAGCUUCUUGGCCGAUCUCCCCUCCACCUCGACGCAGCUUCCCCCGCUGCGCUGGAACCGCAACGGCCAAUUUUUGGAGACUGUCGAGGAAGUCGAGCAGCCUGAGCCCUGGCUCCAGAGGGCCCCCCCGCCGUCUGCUGAGCAGCCACAGAUGUACGCCGACGAGCAGGUGGUUUACGACGCGGAGGUGGUGGUCGACGUGGAGACCGUGGCGAGCGGACCUCGUGAAGAUGGCGCUGUUUGCAUGAACAAUUCCCAGGAGGUGCCCACCACUUCCCUGCCAAAGGCGAAGAAACAGCGCGAAGCAGCCGGAAAGGUUGUCGCGGGACUUCUCAAGGAACUUGUCGACAUCGCCGCCACC